AUUGAUGCAAGUAUACAAUUUAACUUCUUCUUGUCGACCCUUCCUUAUUUCCCUUAUUCCCAUAGGCCAUUUAGGUCAUUCCAAAGCUAGCCUGCGCUGCAGACGUAAAUUUAACCCUGUAGGUCUGCGAAGCAGGUUAUCCAAACCUUGGGGUGACUGAUUUUUCAGUCUCAAUAUAUUCGUCCAUAUUUUUAAAAUCACAAUUUCGAAACUGACCUAUCAACACGUUUUUGUGUGGCCGUUACAUAUGAUGUGUUUUAUUUUUGUUUUUUCUCUCAGAAUACGGCGAGUUGAACUUUUCAAUGGCUGCGUUCAAAGAUAGUGAACAUAACGAUAAAAUUACAGCGGAUGAUCAGCCAUUAGCCGUUGGAACAAGGUUAUACAUCAAAGUGGAGGUCAGAUCAAGUAAUGAAGAACUGGACUUGCUGUUGGAAAGAUGUUAUGCGACUCCCUCAACUAACAGACAAGAUAACAAUCAGCGACAAUUCAUCGUUGGAGGAUGUCCAGACCUAGAGGAUGAUAACACCACUGUUCAUAACUGUAGGAAUUCUUCGGUCCAGGCGUUUGAAGUCGACGUGUUCCGUUUCGAGGACGCUGGCAAUCGUAUUUAUUUCUACUGUGACGUGAUUGUGUGUUUCGCUGGAGUAUCACGCUCGAUAUGUAAUGACCACUGCGAGGCUUGUAGCGUGAACGCGAGAAGGAGACGCGCAGAAGACUCAUAUGACAAAGGAUCGUCACCAUAUUAUCUGAAGAUCGGUCCAUUUCAGAUCCAAAAGGCAACAACACAGAAAGAACAAGACAUAUUUGCAGAUCAGAGCAAUCAAGGUGAUACAACUGAGCAGAUGGUGAUUGUCCUUGCGCUUGGCGUUGCAGCGCUAAUCACCUUAGUCGUCACUAUUGCAACAGUGGUGGUUCUGAUGCGCAAAAGAUCUCCAUCUAACAGCGACCAUACCAAGAUUCUUGCUCCUGGCACGCCUACUAGAACCCACGCUUGGCUUGAUGUCGGCGGCACGCACACUGAAACAUAAUUAGACAUUAGUUUGAUAUAUUUUCUUCCCUGAUCUUAUCAGUUUUAAGUGAAAUCCGUUUUGAUCACGUGAGCAUAUGUCAGGCACGUGAGACACAAUAUCACUGCGCAUGUUACAAAAUUUGAGGAAAAACAAUUUUAGAUGCACCCUUAGCAAGACGCUCCUCGUAACCAGGGGAAACUUGAAUUUUUUGGAAUUCCUUUUGCGCGGAAAACAAGGUGUACUAGCGAUUUUGUUGACUACGCAUAAACCAUUGAUUUAUCAGCUUCCUCGUGAACACAUAUCCUUUAGUCUCUCUCCUUAUUCACUGUUUUGGAAGGCUUCAUAAACAACGACCGCUUCUUCAAGUGCCUUUUAACAUUCUUUGUUAGGGCAAAAAAAUAACAAAUGAAAGGCUGCUUUGAGAAUUAUUCGAAUUAAAGAGCCCUAAGUGACAACGAAACGUGACACCGCUAUAAUUUCAGUUAAUAGUUCCACUCAACAAGAGUUUCUCACGUGUCGCUCAUAAAGUAUUUGGUAACAAACCAAGCAAAACCAAUGAUGCGCGAAAGGUAUUUCUUAUAAAGUGUCAAUUCAUUGGCUGAAGGAACGAACACAAAAUUUUUUGGUUGAAAUUAUUUGCUACUAGCAGAAAAUAGUUUGUUUAUGAUAGCAGUUGAGAUUUUUCGCUGUUUUGGCGGGCUUCGUAAACAACGCCCGCUUCUUCAAGUGCCUGUUAACAUUCUUUGUCAGGGCAAACAAAAUAACAAAUGAAAUGUUGCUUUCAAAUUAAAGAACCCAAAGUGAAGCUUUUUGACUGAGUCUUUCUGUCAACUAACUUUUCCGAACAAAAUUUUCCUUUUUCCUUACAUCUAGCCAAGUCCAUUUAAGUGACAAAAACUCGGAAACCAUCAGUGCUCUGCAAGUCGGCUGCAAGAAUUUUGCAAAGAAAUCUUGAAUUCCAAUAACAAAUUGAUGCCUUAACUCUGAAUACCUGAUGAGUGCUUUGUCAUUCAGAGUCAAUUUCUCUUUCGUUAUUAGUGAUAUUAUUGUAAUAUAUUUUUCUUCAGCAAUCUUUAGCAAAUACAGUCAGGCGCGAUACAGCAUAUGAAACAUUAAAUGUGUCUGUUUGCCUCAACUUACACAAAACUGAUCAUUUGACUAAUUUUCGUUCGGAUUGGUGGCGCCAAUUGGCAUUCAACCAAGCGAAUAUGGCAGCGCUCAAGUUUAUUUUUUCCAUAAAACUACUUUAUGCUCUCUUAUUCAUAAAGCUGGAUAUAUUUUCGAUGUUAAGCGUGUGCCGAGUAUUGGUUGAGCUUGGUUUGCCGAGUAUUGUAAACAGCGAAAAUAGGUAACGACCUGGUUGUUACACAUCUUUAGUACAAAGAUUACAAGGACUGUGUAGAAAAUAAAAUAACUCGAUAGA